AUGUUAAAAUAUAUUGGUAUUACACUUGGACUCGUUCUUGGUCUUGUAAAUUCUAAAGGAGCAUUCAUGUCAGAGUAUGACAGAGUCUCUCUUGUUUCAAAAUUGAGGGAUGAAUAAAUUCACCUAUAGAAUAAGAUUUUACAUCUAGAGUAGGAUUUGAGAGCACUUGAAAACAUUGAGACAAUCUUUUUCAACGAUGGAUCAAGACUCUUCAUUACUGAUGAUCACCCCCACUAAAUAGUGCUAAAUACCUAUCCAAAAGUUUCAGAUAUAAUUGAAAACAUCAAAAUUGAGAAUCAUGGGAAUGCUGAUAACUUUGACAUAAAUGGAUUCUGCCAUUGA